AUGAUGUAUCCAAAUGGCGAGCCGGCAAGAGUGGUCGUUGCUGUAGACUUCGGCGAGACCAACUCAGCCGUUGCAUACACCUCUGUACCCCAAGGUACUCCUUCGACAGCCAUUCCGGAAAGCCGCGUCAAAACAAUUCGGAAUUAUCCUUCGGGAAUGGUUGCAGGUAAGAGUGAUCGAAUGAGUCUCGAAGUCCCAACUCAGCUGCUGUACCCUCAAGGCUGGGUAUUUCGUCCACUCGAUGAAUUGCGAGCCGCUCCACCAGGGCCCGAGAUUGACGGUGAUGGCGAUAGCCAGAUGAAUGAUGGUUCACAUCUUCUCUGGGGCUACCAAGUGCUGGAAGAAACGAUGCAAGUCACAUCACACUCAGGCAAUGGAGAUACCCUACUGUAUGGGUUCAAAACCUUCAUGGACAGAGUAUACAACGACGAAGCACCACGACAUCACAUCAUUGAAGCUCUCACGCAGCUCGGUGAGAACAACCUAGGAAGGAAGAUUGAAGUCCAUGAGAUGCUGCUUCUUGUCACGAUAGACUUCCUUACCAAAAUUCUCAAACACGCCAAGAACCAAAUCAUGCAAAAAAGAUUCAUCAUCACAUCCUCCGAGAUAGUCAUUUGCGUGCCCGUCAUCUGGAGCCAGAGGGCCCUUCGAAACAUGCAGACAUGUAUGUCUAUUGCAGCGAAGCUAGCAGGCUUUCCGGGCAUCAAACACGAAGACGACUGUAUCGGCAAUAUCUUCAUCGUUUCUGAGCCCGAGGCUGCUGCAACAUGGUUGUUGGCACAAGGCUCCCGCAUCAGGAAAAACACGGACUUCACAAUCUUGGACGCAGGUGGUGGCACCUGUGACGCACUUACAUAUACCGUCACUCGCGAAUUACCAGUCAGACUGAGAAAACAGCCAAUUCGACACAGUGGCGACUACUGCGGUUCCAAAGCUCUUAACGAGGGAGUUCACAGACUGGUAUACAACUUGCUCAAAGAUCACACGUACUUGGAAAAGCAUGGUGUUACUAUUGCUGGAAUUACUCGUAAGCUGAUCGAUCACGACUUUGACAAGAUGACAAAGCCCAGUUGGUCGGCUGAUGUCGAGAACUACGAUUGGCGACCAGAGGUUGUGGGAAUCAGAUUCGACCCUGGUAAUCCAAAUGCUGGCAAGUACAACAACACGCCACUUGUGCCGAACAGGCUCACCAUUCGUGCAUGUCUAGAAGCUAGACUGGCCAGGAUCAAUGCGGUGCAUAGCCUGAGUGCAGAGAUUUACCGCCCAGACGACAACGACGACUGGACGUCAGUAAUCGAUGCCGUUGCUAAAGGAGGCGUAUGUCGUGCCCUCAACAAAGAAAACGGACCCAUUAGGAAAUUAAAGUCGAGUUACGGUGUUGGACGUUACGAGGUAUACGAUCCUGAUGUUCACCGGGGUCAAAAGACUGUUCCGGCAUUUCACAACGGGAAGACGUAUGUCAGCACUAUCCGUUGGGUUUGUAAGAUGAACGAGAUCAUGCCAGCUAAAUUCGAGAUGGUCGAGGAUCGGAUUCAUACGUUUCCUUACUGGAACAAGGACCGAACAGUGAACAAAGGGCCAUUCUUUUGUACUGAUGAAGUAUACGUGUCGGACUCGGCUCACCUUGACCAUCUCAGUGUCGAUGACGAGCACAAUGAAGGAUCUGAGAUGAUUUGCAUCCUCAAAAACGAGAUCACAAGAUUUUACAAGCCAGAACUCGGUGCGAUGAGUCCUUUCAAGAAACGGUCCGCACCUCGGAACAAAAAACGGGGUCGCGCGCACUGGGAAUUCCAAUAUCAAUUGGUUUAUGUCAUCGAUGGUCUAAACAUGCGAUGUUUCCAAAGGUACAACGGAGAGAUUUUUGGCGAGCUUAAAAUUGGAUGUGCGCCAGGUUUACCGUCGGGGUCGAAGUAG